CUGUUUUUAACUUGUUUUUUAGGUAAGGAAACGGACGUUGAGUAUUUUGCGGCACUUACAACAGCACUAGAAGGCACCAGUAUCAGUGAGCCAUGUCGGACGGCUGCUGUUGCUUUUCUUUUGCAGUUGAUUGUCAAAAAAGUCCCAAAAGAAGUUCUGCAAGCACAGUUUUCGAGAACUGUACAGAUUCUGUAUACAAAAAUGCUGGAGAACUCUGAACAGAGUGAGAGCUCUCCUCUAAAAUACCUGCUAUCUAUUCUUGGAGUCGUUCUUCGCGCCCAACCCGCUCGCGUUUGGAAUAACGCCAAUACUAGAAAUAUGGUCGUCUCUGUAGCGGCCCUAUGCGCUCAUGAAAAGCCUUGGGUCCGCACUAUGGCUCGGCGCGUAGUACGCGCAGUGUUAACUGAUCCAGUGACAUCGAUGGAGAAUGGGUUACACGCAGCUGCGUCGGGAGUUGGAGUAUUCGUUCAGCAACAGCUACAGGCCGCAUUGGGUGCAAAAGGUGGCGAUAUGACUAGUGUGCGCUAUCUUUGUCUUUUGGAAGGUAUCAUGCACAAAAUGCCUUCCACACUGUUCAAGCAGCUUGCAGAAACCAUACUCAAGUCUUUUACCAUCGCGGAUCCUAUGGUGAAAUGCAGCGCAUUGCAAUGCCUUUAUCGGUGCUUACAACGUCAACCCUGUGACGCUGCACUCUCCGUCGAGACAAAUGUUCUGCUUGUGAAAGCUCUCACUCAGCUAUCUCCAUCAAACGAGGAUGUCACUGUAUGUGCAUAUUGGAUGCAGGCACUAGCAGAAGCACAUGUGUGUCUCACGGCUAAGGAUCCUUACAGGUGGAUGUUUUAUCACGCAUACCUUUUU